AUGGAUGACUUUUUUAGUAACUACCAAAGACAGCGUUACCUUUUCCAGCGUGAUUUUGACUACGACAGGAACGGCGCGUUAAUUGAAGCCUCCCACACCACCUUCACGGGCACCAAUGGAAUCAAAGGUAGAACUCUGGCAGCAGAGAUCGAGAGAUAUCGGCGUGCGGUGGAAUCACUGAUCCGUUUUCUCGUUGAGGUCGCUCCUGAUUGGUGGGAUAAGCGACACCCCUUCAAGGGCGACCUUGUCCUUCGGCCGAGUAAAAGCGCCGACCAACUUCGAGCCAUUCAAAGCCGACUCAAUGCGCGACUGGGUCGUCUGACGUCAAGGGUGAUCCUGCCGGCUGCGGCCGCCGUGGUGUCGAUUGAGGAGCAGGACAAGGUCACGGUCAUGCCACCGAAGUUCUUCCAGCCCCAUUCCGUCGGCAAGUUGACAGCAGUGGCUUCUGAUGUGGCUAGCAAAUUGAUCAACACGGAGGAACAGCUGACUCUGGCGUUGUCGAUAUCGCGUCGCCUGGGGGAAAUCGAACGCCUCAAACAGGAGCUGAUUUUGUACGCCCUCGAUUGGAUAGACGCAGACGGGAAUGAUCAGAACCUGCGUUUACAGCGAUAUGACGCCCUGGCAGAGCAUGUUGAGGCUUGCCUAAUUGAAAAGCACGAAGGCGUGAGGGCAUUAAUUAAGCAUUACUUUCGACGACGCUCAGAAUCGAAUGCGGUCGGCAGUGUCAAUAACAACCACUACGCAUCCGAAGACCCGAAAAUUCAACUCAAGUACGCAUUCAAUGCUGUCACGGCUGACACCAUCAGUUCCACAAGUCGGGUGAUUCUGAACAUGCUUGAAGUCCACGAAGCAAACUCGAAGAAUGUACCCAUUUUCAAGGUUCUCAGCAGUGGCAGCAGGCGAUUGGAGGAUGUGAAGGGAAUUCCAAAGGAUUUCGAAGAACUCUCGGUGGAGGAGCUCACGCGUUGGGCUGCACAACAUUUAAAAGCAAAAGACGAAUCAACCACAGAUAAUUCAACCUCAAGGAGUGAAGCUGUUUCGGUUGAGUGGCUGGGAUUCAGCGAAGUUAAGCCACAUGGCGAAUCACUCGGACCGAAUUCCCUAACCUUGGGAAGUCUCAAGAGUGAUCUUGAGACCUUGGAAGACGAUGGAGACGGUAGAGGUGGUGGGUUGGAUCUUGACAAGGACACCGACUUCGAAGAUGUACGGCAGCGCCUGAUUUUGGACAUGCGUCGACGUGAACACGAGGCAUCUGACCACUCGUCUUCGCACAGACGAGUGCUGCCAAGGAUCAAGUCAUUCGAGGAUGAGCUCAUGGCUUCAUCGCACUCAUCCAUGUCCACAGACCAUCGGUCAAUACCGAGCCACGGUGGGGGAGAAAGUUCCACAAUCUCGUCCAGAAUGGCGACAAUGUCAACGAAUUCUGUAAAGAGAGCUAAAAAUUAUGAGAAAAGGCCGCCAAAUACACCAGCGAAUGAGACUUCAUGCGAUCUUGGAGAAGAGAUAGCUUUAUUAGGCGAAGAAUUUCGCAAAUCUCUGUCAGGCUAA